GACGCCACACCUUAGUCUUUACUCUCAUCUCUAAUCUUGUUUAACAUUCCCAAUUUCAAUUCACUUUCCAUCAUUUUGCCAUGAUGGCGAAUAAUUUCCUAAUACGACGUUGCUUUUAAAGCACCCAAUGGAAAGUUCUUUUUCUUACCGAUUUCAACUCUCUAAAGAACAAAACCCGACUCAGCGGUAAGCGGGUGACUCAGCGCUUUGAUUCUCUCGCCCUUUUUCAGCGAAGAAAGAAAAAAGUGAAAAAUUCGAUCAAAAGUAGCUAAAGGCGCAAGUAAGUAUAGGGUUUUUGGUGCCGGUGAUCGGGCUUGGAAGAUGGCGAGUCCGGUCACGCCGUGUACCAGUAGGGCGUUGUCUAUAACGCCGGGGUCUAGGGUUUUGAAGAGUCCUCUUAGUGACGAAACGAUCGGGAGGUGGCUCAAGGAAGCUGGAUUCGAUGAGGAAUCGAUCAAGAAGAGAGAUAAAGCUGCUCUUAUUGCUUAUAUUGCAAAGCUUGAAGCUGAGCUCUUUGACCACCAACAUCACAUGGGCCUUCUUAUAUUGAAAAGAAAGGAGUUGGAUUCCAAGUAUGAGCAAAUUAAAGCCUCUGCUGAAGCAAGUGAGAUAAUGCAUAAAAGGGAUCAAGCUGCACAUCUAUCUGCUCUUGCAGAAGCAAAAAAGCGAGAGGAUGGUUUGAAGAAGGCUUUAGGAGUUGAGAAAGAAUGCAUAGCAAGUAUUGAGAAGGCUUUGCAUGAGAUGCGUGCAGAAUCUGCUGAAACUAAGGUUGCAGCUGAAAGUAGAUUAGCUGAAGCACGUAUUAUGAUAGAGGAUACUGAGAAGAAGUUUACAGAGGCUGAGGCAAAGUUUCACGCUGCAAAGUCUUUAGAAGCAGAAGCUAGCCUCUUUCGACGCACUGCUGAGAGAAAGCUGCAAGAAGUUGAAGCACGUGAAGAUGACCUUAGUAGACAUAUUGUAUCAUUCAAAAAUGAUUGUGAUGCAAAGGAGAAAGAGAUCAUUCUUGAACGGCAAUUAUUGAGUGAGAGGCAAAAGAUUGUACAACAAGAACAUGAAAGACUACUUGAUGGACAAGCUUCCUUGAAUCGAAGAGAGGAGUAUAUUUUUAGUAGAACUCAAGAACUAAAUCAACUUGAGAAGGAGUUGGAGGCUUCAAGAGUGGAUAUUGAAAAGGAACGUAGAGCUUUGAAGGAUGAGAAAUCCAACCUUGAGUUGGUUUUAGCUUCUCUGUCAAAAAGAGAAGAGGCUGUUAUUGAACGAGAAGCUUUACUUAGCAAGAAAGAGCAACAGCUGCUUGUUUCUCAAGAAAAACUUGCAAUCAAAGAAUCUGAUGAAAUUCGCAAGGUUAUUGAUAGUCAUGAAACUGUAUUGAGAACCAGAAAAUCUGAGUUUGAGGCUGAGCUUGAAAUGAAGCACAAAAUGGCAGAAGAUGAGAUUGAAAUGAAGAGACGAGCAUGGGAGUUGAAGGAGAUGGAUAUCAAUCAAAGGGAGGAUCUAAUUUGUGAAAGGGAACAUGAUUUUGAGGUUCAAUGGAGGAUGUUAGGAGAGAAGGAGAAGGAUGUGGCUGAGAAGUCUAGUCUCAUAGAUGAGAGGGAAAAAAAUUUGAGUGCUUUUGAAAAGGAACUUGAGUUGGAGAAAGCAUUUUUAGAAAAAGAAAAGGAAGAGAUAAGUAAAAUGAAACUAGAGCUGCAGAAGUCAUUGUCUUCUUUGGAAGAUAAAAGAAUUCAAGUUGAUUGUGCAAAGGAAAAACUAGAAGCCAUGAGAAGUGAGACACGCGAAUUAUCAACUUUGGAAUUAAAACUAAAGGAAGAACUUGACUUGGUUAGGGCUCAAAAAUUGGAGCUUAUGGCUGAUGCAGAUAGGUUGAAAAUAGAGAAGGCAAAAUUUGAAACUGAGUGGGAGUUGAUUGAUGAAAAAAGAGAAGAGUUGCGGAGGGAAGCAGCUUGUGUUCAUGAGGAGAGAGAAGCAGUUUCAAAGUUUCUCAAGGAUGAACGUGACAGCUUGAGACGAGAGUGUGGUGUGAUGCGAAAGCAGCAUAACAAGGAUGUUGAGUCAUUGAAUUGUGAGAGAGAAGACUUCAUGAGGAAGAUGAUGCUUGAGCAUUCUGAUUGGUUCAACAAGAUUCAACAAGAGCGUGCUGAGUUCUUGUUGGGGAUUGAAACCCAAAAGAGGGAGUUGGAGAAUUGUGUUGAGAAAAGGCGUGAGGAAUUAGAAGGUUCUUUGAAGGAAAGAGAGGAAGCAUUUGAGCAAGAAAAGAAAAAUGAACUUCAGCAUAUUAAUGCUCUCAAGGAAAGAGCAGAGAAAGAGUUGGAACAAACUACUUUAGAAAUGAGAAGGCUUGAUGCUGAGAGAAUAGAGAUCAAGUUGGAUCGUGAACGAAGAGAAAGGGAGUGGGCAGAGUUGAACAAGUCUAUUGAGGAGCUUAAGGUGCAAAGGCACAAGUUGAAGCAACAGAGAGAACUAUUGCAUGCCGAUAGAAAUGAGAUUCAUGCUGAGAUUGAAGAACUAAAAAAGUUGGGGAACUUGAAAGCUGCAUUGGAUGAUAUGACAGUGGCUAAACUGCAACACUCUGUUAUUGAGCUUUACAGGCAGAAAGCAUCUGAAAGAAAGAAUCUGAAACAACAAACUGUCUUGCAAAAUGCUGGAUCUGGUUCAGAUAAAAAUAUUGUUGUUGCCGACAAUGGCCAUGGAUUCAACUCUCCAAUGUCAAAACCAGCCGGUGCAUCUCCUCCUAGCUCUGCCCGUUUUUCAUGGAUCAAGCGUUGCAGCGAAUUGAUAUUCAAACAUUCACCCAACGAGGCCCAAAUUGAGCCUGAAGAAAGGUCCUUGGGGCUUGGAGAAGCAAAAGUGAUAGUGGAAGUAUCCUGUGAAGGUGAGGUGGUAAAAGGAAUUCAUGAUUUGGAAUCUGAAAUCAAGAAAAAUGAUUCUGAGAAGACAUUAUUAGUUUUUGAACAAGGAAUUCAAGCUGGAAGGAAAAGAAGAGUUGAUGACUCACCGGCAUCUGGUGCUAAGAAAAGGAGGCAAAAGAAAGAUGCUUCUGUAACUGAAGAAGAGGAUAUUACUCUCAGUGUAUGUUCAGCUGAACCAAAUGCAUCAGUGGAUCAGCCUGCAUUAAUGUCAUACAAUCAGGGUGAAGGAGGGGCUGAUGAGACCAAUGUGCUGAUUAUUGAUAAAAUAAUAAAUAUUUCAGAAGUAACCUACGAAAAAAAGACCGUUGAUCAUGAUUCUUCCAUUCUAGGAAACGGAUACCAUUUGCAGGAUAUUGUAGCAGAAUCAGUGCAGGAUAUUCCUCAAAGUGGAGAAAUUUGUGGUCAUCCAAGUGCUACAGAAGGAGAGAAUGGUGGAUACGAGGAACCAGGAACGGUGAAAGAAGCACAGUUGGGGAACUUUUCUCAAGUUACUGAGCCCUCUCAGCCAAUGGAGGACAUGUCAGAAAGAAACGAAAGUGAACAGAAGCUUGAGGAAAAUUUUGCUCCCAAACCUGAUGACAAUGAGAAAAUUGGAAUGAGGACAAGAAGGUUCAAGCAGCUGUAGAAUUAUAGUUUCUUUUGAGCUGCUACAGUUAAUGAGCAGUGACGUUUAACCAUUUUGCACAAAGCAUAACAGAAGUAGCUAAUAUAGACUUUGAAGGGAUCAAUUUGCGUUGCAGUAACUAAAUAUGCAACCGGUUUUAACUAGGAUCUUGUUU